AUGUUUACCACUGCGGGUUGUAGCGAGGCUGCAGGCGUGCGGCGGCUCAGUUUGCGGGCUUUGCAGCGUUAUCAGAAGACGGGCAGGUACCAAAGCCAGACAGAGCGAUUGUCAACAGGUCAAGACGAGCAGGCCACUGGUGUCAGGCUUUUGGAAGAGGGAUUGUGCGAGAAAGCAAACGGCCGUCCCCUCAACAGAAGCUCCGAGGCAUCGAUGGGGGGCCAGAAAUGA